AUGAACAACCAUCCUCUCGAUCGACAGGAUGCUCAUGUCCCUAACAAAGACAGCUCCGACACCAUUCAAACUCCUCUCAAGAAGCGCGAUAAGUUUCGCAAGUUUUUCGGCAUCCCCAAAUCCUUGGCCAAGGCCAAGGCCAAGUCUUCGACUCAGUCGUUGGACUCUCAAGAUCCCUCCCAGCAGUCAACCCAAUCAUUUGGUGCCUCUCAGGUUGACGACAAUCAGGAUAGCCCUUUGCCAUUGGCGCCAGAUGAGGAUUGGCUCCACAUGGAUACCUUCCCGGAGAAUAUCGCCAAACCCGCUGUCAAGACUUCAUUGCCAGGUCUCCAGGAGCGCAUUGAAAGGUCUGACCAAUUGCUCUACUGCAACAUGUUGCUUCGCCAGGAUUCAGUCAUCUCUUCGUCAUCUGAUGCAGGAGAAAAGAAGGCGACUGAUGAUCCCGCCAAUGCUCCGCAGGCGUCCACUCUCGACAAGGGUGAACAAACGUGGCUGACAGAGGUCAAUGGGGACCCAAUGAGGCAGCAUCGUAUGCAAUGGCUCGUUACCAAGAUGGUCGAGGCGUUCAUCACGGACGCCACUAAGGACUCGACCAAGGUUGCCGAGGUUGUCGCUCUUGGACCUGUUUUGCAUAGAGAGCCCUACCGCAAGUUGUUGUCAUCGUUCAUCUGUGACUUUGACGAUUCUCGCAUUCUAGACGUCAACCUGCUCCAAGGUCUUGUCCAGCUGGUCCAAUCUGCCUCGCCUGGGUUUCUCGUUUCUGAUGACUUGGUCAAGGUCCUCAGCCUCCUCAGGACCCAUUUGGAGGACACGCACCAGCACUCAUCUGAGCACCUUUGCCACCUCACACUGGCUGUCUCCAGGAUCCUCGAUGUCAUGGCUGAUCACAAGGUCCAGGAUUUGAACCGAGUCGUGGAGCACGAGCCAUUGUCCGCCAUUCUGUCAGGACUGAGGGACAGCUCUGAUCCCUAUUUGAUGUAUCAGGCUUGCUACGCCUUCCAAGCGCUUCAGUAUGUGCCUGAUGAUGAGACUGUUCUGCAGGCAGUAUUGAGGUACUCGACCGGAGUUGUGGAUGGCUUGGUCAAGAUCACAAGUGUACUCAAGUUGGAUUUGGGGUCGGUUCUAGAAGGACUGGAGAAGUUGCAAGGGGUAGCCGUCAGUGCGAUUGGAAUCGCCGCUACUGUAUAUGAAGGAGUGGGAUCGCUGCGCGAGAGCGGACGAGGGGUUAUGGAAAGUCUGAAAGAAGGUCUUGGGUCUGGACACAAGAAGCCAUGGUAUCCUGCCAUCCGCGCCGCUUAUACCUUUGUGCAAGCUGGCCAGUUGAAGGAUCUGAAACAACUGAUCUAUGAGGCACCCUGUCGCCAGGAUCCCCUGUUCCAGUGGGGUAUUUGCCAGCUGCUGGGUGAGAUUGCGGUCGACACUGCAUGGGCUAUUGCCAUACGCCAGCAAGCCAUUGACUUUCUUGGUCAUCUCUACAAGGAGGAUCAGGAAUGGGGCCAUGAUGAGAGCGUCAAGACAUGGAUGGUGACUAUCUUCGUCACGCUGGUAUCCACUCCUAACGAAGCCGUCAACAACCGUGCCAUUGCCUUGUUCCAGAAACUUGACUUGGUUAACACUCCCAGGACUCAGCGCCCUUACCCAUUGAGAUCCCACCUCCCGAUCCCUGACUCCUCCCCGAUCCUCGCCAAGGUCCAGAAGAUCCCUUACAUGGAGUACGAACUCUACAAGCUCCGAAUGCAGCGACUCGACGAUGCCAAACUGUCCAUCUACAUCUCUCCUAUGGCCAAGGCCAGCCUUCAAGUUCAGGACAACGAGGCGUUCCCACUCAUGGAUAAGAUGCAGGAAUUCCUGGCCAGUGACCGGCAGGUCAUGUUGAUUCUGGGAGACUCCGGAGCUGGCAAAUCGACUUUCAACAAGCACCUCGAGCAUCGACUUUGGACAGAGUACAAGCGCGGCGGGCCUAUUCCACUCUUCAUCAACCUCCCAGCCCUUCAGAAUCCGCUCAAGGAUCUGAUGGGUGAGCAAUUGAGGGAGCACAACUUUUCGGAGGAGCAGAUCCAGGAACUGAAGCAACAUCGACAGUUCAUUGUCAUCUGCGAUGGAUACGACGAGAGCCAGCUCACUGUCAACAUUCACAACUCCAACAACUUCAACACUUCUGGACAAUGGAAUGUCAAGCUUGUUAUCAGUUGCAGGAGCCAGUACCUUGGCCAAGACUACCGCGACCAGUUCGUGCCCAAUGGAGGUGGCCAUUACAACCGCCCUAGCGUCGAUCUGUUCCAAGAGGCCGUGAUCGCCCCUUUUUCGACAGAGCAGAUCAAGGACUAUGUCGAGCAAUAUGUUCCCCUCGAGCCAAGGUCCUGGCGUGCGGAGGACUACAUGGACAAGCUGACGACCAUUCCAAACCUCAUGGACCUAGUCAAGAAUCCGUUCCUGCUCUCACUCGCGUUGGAGGCACUGCCAGGGGUCGUUGAAGGCAAGCAGGAUCUGUCGACUAUCAUGAUCACCCGUGCUCAGCUUUACGACACAUUUGUGGAGCACUGGAGCAAUGUCAACAAACGACGACUUCAGAGCAACACGUUGUCAAUGGCAGAUCGCAUUGUAUUCGACGAACUUCUGGACAUGGGAUUUGUUUCCAAGAGCAUUGACUAUUCCGCAAGGCUGGCGUUGGCGAUCUUUGAGCAGCAGGAAGGGAACCCGAUUGUCCAGUAUGUUCACGACAAGAACUCUUGGAAAGCGCAGUUCUUUGGACAAGAUGCAGAAGUCCGACUCCUACGAGAUUCGAGCCCUUUGAGCCGCACCGGGAACCUGCACCGCUUCCUUCAUCGGUCCAUGCUUGAGUAUUUUUUCUCGCGUGCUAUCUUUGAUCCAAGCAGUCAUGGCGGCGACGAUGAAUCGACCUUCCAGACGAAUCCUGUCUCGCCUGAUGGUCAGUUGGUCGACACCAACGGCCCUUUGUUCACGAGGGACCUUCUCACUGAGCCCUCUGUCAUCCAGUUCUUGAGUGAUCGCGUGAAGCAGAGUGCCAAGUUCAAACAGUAUUUCUUAGAAGUCGUCGAGUUGUCCAAAUCGAACGCCCAGGCGAGCCAAGCUGCGGCUAAUGCCAUUACGAUCCUGGUCCUAGCCGGUGUGCAAUUUCAUGGAGCUGAUCUUCGAGGCAUUCGCAUUCCAAGAGCGGAUCUUACCGGUGGGCAGUUUGACUCAGCACAACUACAGGAUGCCGACUUGACAGGUGUGAAUCUCUCCAAGGCAUGGAUUCGACAGGCGAAUCUCAGCCGGGCAUGCAUGGGUGGGUCUCGAUUUGGAGAGCUACCGUACUUGGAGGAGUUGGAGAAGGUCUCGUCAUGCGCCUUUUCGCCAGACGGCAAGCUUCUCGCGGCAGGUCUGGAGAAUGGGAAUAUCAGCAUCUAUGACACUGCAACCUGGACAAUGAUUCAAGUGUUUCAAGGGCACGAAGACUGCGUUACAAGUCUGGCUUAUUCACCGAACAGCCAACAGCUUCUUUCCGGCAGCAGGGACAAUACAGCACGGCUUUGGAACAGCUUAACUGGAUCAACCGAUUUCAUUUUGGGACACUCGGGCAUGGUGAUGGCGGUUGCGUUUUCACCAACGGGCCAACAAGUCGCAACGGCCAAUACCGACAAAUCGGUGAGGCUCUGGGACGCUCGGACCGGUGCUUCCGUUUUCAAUUUGACCGACAGCACUGGCAUCGUUUUCAGCAAUGCCUUUUCGUCCAACGGGAACACCAUUGCCUCCGCCGGCUGGGACAAGAUGAUCCGGAUAUUCGACGCACUCACCGGAUUGCUUGUGUCGGAGAUUUCCAACGGCGACGAUAGGAUCAUGUGUCUGACAUAUUCACUUGAUGGCCAACGUAUCGCUACAGGCUCCGUCAGAGGCCGGUUGCAACUGUGGGAGGCAACAGCGACCACCCUGGAGCCCGGAAGGGAAUGGGCGGCACACACGAAUAGAAUUACCAGUAUUGCCUUUUCACCCGACGACCGAUGGAUCGCCUCAUCCAGUGAGGACCGUACAGUGAAGCUGUGGGACUCUCGUUCCGGCUUACUUGUCUCGUCAUUUAUAAACCAUGUGGACAAGGUCAACUGCGUUCGAUUUUCACCAAGUGGCGCGUAUAUCGCCUCAGCAAGUGACGACAAUACUCUGCGGCUGUGGGAGGUGAACUCCUCAAGCCUAGGACUCGACUCUUACGAUUUCCCAGACCCACAGACAUGUGCGACAUACUCUCCGGACGGACGGCAGCUUAUCACUGGCAGUCGACAUGCACCCCUGCGACAAUUCAGCGCGGAUUCGGGAGACAUCGACUUUGUUUUUCCUGAUCACCUGCACAAUACACGUUGCAUUGCAUUCUCCCCGAACGGCCUUCAGACAGCCAUCGGCAUUGGGCAGGAAGUGACUCUAUGGAGCGUUCAAUCCCGCGCAGCCUCCUUUGUUUUUCGUGGACACGAGGGUGGCGUGAAUUCUGUGGUGUUCUCACCUUGCGGUCGCUGGCUUGCUUCAGGCGGUUUUAGCUCGGAGGUGCGCCUUUGGGAUACUCGCUCAGGGGCAGCCGGUCGUGUUCUGAAUGGUCAUAACGGAGGUGUAAAGAGUGUUGCUUUUUCUCCGGAUGGUUGUUGGAUUGCGUCGGCAUGCUAUAAUGGAAAGAUCCGACUCUGGGAGGUCAGCACUGGCGAGCUCAAGGCAAGUAGGGAGAUUGAUACCGUUUGGUACAGUUGGGGUUAUGUCACUUACAAGCCCGGCUGUCUCCAGGUUGCCUCCUGCAACGGAGAUGGAACCAUUCAAUUGUGGGACGACGACCAGCAACUCCAAGGUUUCCAAUAUAUCGUAAAGCAGGACCAAGGGACCUAUAAAUUUGCAUUCUCAUCCUGCGGCCAGUGGGUAGCAACAACCCACCGCGCUAGUGUUCGGCUCUGGAGGCUGCCAUCCCCGGAUCAGGAUCAGGAGGCGCCACCAUUGCAGGAUCAUGAUUGUGUGAUAGUCGUCGAGGGGUUCGCAGGAGAUGUCAGUGACGUUGUUUGGAGACCCAACAGGUUGGAGUUUGCGACGGCAAGCUCUGAAGGAUCGAUUCGCGCCUGGCGGGUGGUGGAUAGUAAUGGGUCAGGAAGAGUGUCUGUUCGUCUGUUGUGGUCUUCUGGACAUGCUGUGCUCGCCGCAUCGGGUGCCGUGCUUAAAGAUACCCUUGGUCUUAGUGUCAUCAGUCGCAAGUUGCUCGAACAACGUGGCGCAGCUGGAUCGUCGUCAGCCAACUAG